AUCUCAACAAACCCAAAAAUCGUUGGCCGAAAAAAAAAAAAAAAACCCAAAAAUCAGAUCGGUUUAUUAAUCUGAUUUGAGAAUCAAAGCACGGGAAAAAAUUUUCAAAUCAUAGAUAAAGGAGGAAAGGGGUUAACUUGAAACUCCAAAGGCAAUCAAUGAUCUCCUCCAAGGCCCUAGAAUCGUCAUCCUGGGAAGUGGGGACUCAAACUGAGCCUUUUGGUACGGUGGCCUCGAUUUUGAGUUCCACUUUCUUCUCUUGCUCCUGUUUUGCCAGGUACUUGUGGAGCAAAAAGACUGCGAAGAUGAGAAAAGGAGAGAGAGAGAGAGAGAGAGACCCCAAAACGGAGAAUGUGAUUGAUGGAGUUUUCGUGUGUUGGGAAAGUGACGCUGGUGCCGGAGUAAGGGCAGGGCUGAGGCGCCAUUUGCUCUCUGCUCUAGCUCCAUCCUGCUACGUUAUUGCUGUCUUCUUCACUCCAAUUGGAAGAUGAUUUCUUCCGUUGCAGUACCCCGAAACGCAAGCGUUUUACUCUAAAGACGAAGUUGGUUACUCAUGUCGCUGUCGUCAUUUGACUUUUAACCAUGUCCCUGCCUACAUCCCUAACCUCCUGUUUGUCUCAAUUCAGUCCUUACCAAGUUUUGCAAAUUGCAGUUUUAUCAAAUAGGGUUUCUCCUUCAAUGAUUUCUUUAGUGGUUAAAAGGAAACCGCUUUGAUUUUUUUUGAUAAAUGAAGAUUUAUUGU